AUGGACUAUCCAUCAUUCCUCCGAGGUGUGCCUCCAGUGGGCAUGUCCAUGAGACGAUUCGACGAGUACUACCGCUGUUACCCGGUGGUGAUGAUGAACGGACCUGACCGAAAGAACGUAAAUUUUGGCGGCAAGGUGUUCUUACCGCCCUCAGCGCUUGACAAACUGACAAAGCUGCACAUUGCAUAUCCUAUGGUUUUCGAGCUCAUCAAUGGAAAUGUUGGCAAAACCACUCAUGCGGGAGUACUCGAGUUCAUAGCAGAAGAAGGCAGGAUAUAUCUACCGCAAUGGGCAUGCUUCUUCUCUCUCCUAGCUGCGGCCACAUGCUAA